AUGCCAACAGUAUCUCAGCCCCAGACGCCGGCAGCUCCCAACAGUCCGUUGAGGGAACAGAGACAUAGGCCCGUGGAAAGGCUCACGGACCGCCUGGAGACGCCCUCGCUCGACGAUCGGUCAUACAGGGUCAUUAACCUCUUGUCCAAUCAGCUCGAGGUUCUGUUAGUACAUGAUGCCGAAACCGACAAGGCCAGCGCGGCCAUGGAUGUCAAUGUAGGAAACUUCAGCGAUGAAGAGGAAAUGCCGGGCAUGGCCCAUGCUGUUGAGCAUCUGCUUUUCAUGGGCACAAAGAAGUACCCGGUAGAAAAUGCCUAUUCCCAGUAUCUCUCCUCGCAUUCCGGAAGCUCCAACGCGUAUACAGGCGCCACAUCAACCAACUACUACUUCGAAGUCGCAGCCAAAGCCGCCGAAGACGCAAGUCCCAAUGACCCAUCUCCCCUGUACGGGGCUCUGGACCGCUUCGCCCAGUUCUUCAUUGAUCCCCUUUUCCUUUCUUCGACCCUCGACCGAGAAUUGCGCGCAGUUGAUUCCGAAAAUAAAAAGAACUUGCAGAGUGAUCAAUGGCGAUUGCAUCAGCUCGAAAAAUCCCUCUCGAAUACAAAACACCCAUAUUGCCACUUUUCCACCGGGAAUUUCGAGGUCUUGAAAACGCAGCCUGAGGCACGUGGGGUUGAUGUGCGCCAGAAAUUUAUGGACUUCCACGAGAAACAUUAUUCUGCCAAUCGGAUGAAAUUGGUCGUUUUGGGAAGGGAGUCAUUGGAUACUUUGGAAGCCUGGACGGCCGAUCUCUUUGCGGGCGUACGGAAUAAGAAUCUACCACAAAAUCGUUGGGAGGAUGAGGUGCCAUUCGGAAGUGACAAUCUUAUGACUCAAUGCUUCGCGAAGCCAGUGAUGGAUUCCAGGGAAUUAAAUCUCUCUUUUCCCUUUAUAGAUGAGGAAUUGCUGUUUGAAUCGCAGCCUAGCAGAUACAUCAGCCACCUAAUCGGGCAUGAGGGACCAGGGAGCAUUAUGUCUUACAUCAAAUCGCAAGGGUGGGCCAAUGGAUUGAGUGCAGGUGCAUAUCCGGUCUGCCCAGGCACACCCGGUAUAUUCAAUUGUCAGAUCCGCCUCACUGAAGAUGGUCUGAAAAAUUACCAGGAGAUCGUCAAGGUAUUCUUCCAGUACGUCUCCCUACUUCGGGAGACGGCACCUCAGGCGUGGAUCUUUGAGGAGGAAAAGAACCUUGCAGACAUCGCCUUUAAGUUCAAGCAAAAGAUCCCAGCGAGUCGGUUCACAAGCAAAAUCAGUGCCGUGAUGCAGACACCUCUGCCUCGGCAGUGGCUUCUUAGUGGACAUAGCAGGCUUCGGAAAUUUGACCCAGCAAAGAUCAAAGAGGGUCUUGAGUGCUUGAGGCCAGACAAUUUCAGGAUGACUGUGGUCUCCCAAAACUUUCCGGGUGAGUGGAAGUCAAAGGAGAAGUGGUAUGGCACCGAAUAUACCUACGAGAAGCUCCCCGAGGACUUCGUUGCCGAAAUUAGAAAGGCUGUAAAGUGCACGCCUAAAACUCGGCUGCCGGAGCUCCAUCCCCCUCAUAAAAAUCAGUUCAUUCCGACAAAACUUGAAGUCGAGAAGAAGGAAGUCAAGGAACCGGCUAUUUCGCCCAAGUUGAUCAGAAAUGACGACUUGGUCAGAACAUGGUUCAAAAAGGAUGAUACCUUUUGGGUUCCAAAGGCCAAUGUAUUCGUCAACUGUAGGAAUGCCCUUCCAAAUGCAACUGCAGAGAAUAUGUUGAAGGCACGGCUUUAUACCGACGUAGUGAGGGAUGCAUUGGAGGAGUACUCAUACGAUGCCGAACUGGCUGGCUUGGACUACUCUAUUUUCGCCCACUCCGUAGGAGUUGAGAUCGCCGUGUCCGGUUACAACGAUAAACUUUCGGUUCUCCUAGAGAAGGUCUUGAUCACUAUGAGAGAUUUAGAGGUUAGGCCUGAACGUUUCGAGAUCAUCAAGGAGAGGUUGUUAAGAGGGUUGAAGAAUUGGGAUUUCCAACAACCGUACAACCAAGUUGGCGAUUUCACGAGAUGGCUCAAUAGCGAGCGAGGGUACAUUACCGAACAAUUGCUUGCCGAGUUGCCACAUAUUACGGCGGUCGACAUCCAGCAAUUCUACCCCCACCUACUCCGCCAAAUGCACAUCGAAACAUUUGUACAUGGAAAUUUGUACAAGGAAGAUGCGCUAAAGCUGAGUAACCUGAUCGAAAGCAUCUUGAAGCCGAGGGUGUUGCCCCAGACGCAAUGGCCCAUCGCCCGAUCGAUGAUCUUUCCUCCCGGUGGGAACUAUGUCUAUAACAAGACUUUGAAGGACCCCGCCAAUGUGAAUCAUUGCAUAGAAUAUCUCUUAUUCAUCGGUGACAAGGCGGAUCGGAAGCUACGUGCCAAGGCGCUUCUUCUUGACCAAAUGACCCACGAACCUGCGUUUAACCAACUGCGGACCAAGGAGCAGCUCGGAUAUGUUGUUUUCAGUGGGGCUCGCACUACCAUCACAACUAUUGGCUAUAGAUUCAUUAUCCAGAGCGAGAAAACACCCCAAUACCUGGAGUCAAGAAUCGAUUCAUUCCUUACCGAGUAUGGAGACACGCUCUCCGAGAUGACCGACUCUGAAUUUGAGGGCCACAAGAGAAGCUUGAUCACCAAGCGACUGGAGAAAUUAAAAAAUCUAGAUCAAGAGUCGAGCCGUCUCUGGUCGUAUAUUGAUAACGAAUAUCUCGACUUUGAGCUUGUCCACCAGGAUGCUGCUCAGAUCAAGUUACUCACCAAAGCUGACAUGACUCAAUUCUACAAUCAGUUCAUUCUCCCAUCAUCACCUGCUCGUUCAAAGCUGGCUAUCCACUUGAACGCACAGGCCUCUGACAACUCCAAGGUUGCCACUACUUUGGAGAAGGACAUUAAGAACCUUGCGCUCAACAAGGACAGGAAGGACGAUGAAGACGGCGAGGUUGUGCCAGUGGAGGCCGAAGGCAAUGGUACGACGCCUUACAUCAUCACGGAUGUGAGGGAAUUCAAGUCGAAGCUGCAGGUCAGUGCAGGACCACAACCGGUGCAGCAUAUUAGCCAGUUCGAGGAUUUGGACUCGAAGUUAUGA